AUAUAAGCCCGGGCAGAUCACACAAGUAGCAACACACUGCGAGUGUUGUCAUCCGCUGAGAGAGCAUUGACAAGCAGACAUGGAUCCUACAGAGAGUCCUUACGAGUACUACGACUACGACGAGACGGAAAACUCCACCAUGUGCGACUACUCCGAGUGGACGCCGUCCUACUCGGUCAUCCCCGUGCUCUAUAUGCUCAUCUUCAUCCUGGGCCUGUCGGGAAACGGCGUGGUCAUCUUCACUGUGUGGCGAGCGCAGGGCAAGCGGCGUGCGGCCGAUGUCUACAUUGGGAACCUGGCACUGGCCGACCUCACCUUCGUGGUGACGCUGCCCCUGUGGGCCGUUUACACGGCCAUGGGCUACCACUGGCCCUUUGGGGUGGCCCUGUGCAAGAUCAGCAGCUACGUGGUGCUGCUCAACAUGUACGCCAGCGUCUUCUGCCUCACCUGCAUGAGCUUCGACCGCUACCUGGCCAUCGUGCAUUCCUUGUCCAGCACACAGCUUCGCACCCGCGGACACAUGCGUGCAUCCCUCACCACUAUCUGGAUGCUUUCAGGCCUCCUUGCCGCGCCUACCCUCAUCUUCCGCACCACCAAGCACGACCUGACCAGCAACCGCACCUCCUGCGCCAUGGACUUCGGCUUGGUGGUGAGCAACAAGCAGCAGGAGAACCUGUGGAUCGCCGGGCUGAGCAUCUCUUCGUCCACACUGGGCUUCCUGCUGCCCUUCCUGGCCAUGAUGGUGUGCUACGGCUUCAUCGGCUGCACCGUCACACGGCACUUCAAUACCCUGCGCAAGGAGGACCAGCGAAAGAGGAGACUGCUGAAGAUCAUCACCACACUGGUGGUGGUCUUCGCCGCCUGCUGGAUUCCCUUCCACGUGGUGAAGAGCGCCGACGCCCUCUCCUACCUUGACCUCUUCCCGGCCACCUGCGCCUUCCUGCGCUUCCUCCUUCUGGCCCACCCAUACGCCACCUGCCUGGCCUACGUCAACAGCUGCCUCAACCCCUUCCUCUAUGCUUUCUUCGACCUGCGCUUCAGGUCGCAGUGCCUCUGCCUGCUCCACCUCAAGAAGUCCUUGCACGCCAGCCCCGCCGGCUCCUUGUCCUCACAGAAGACAGAGGCCCAGUCUCUCGCCACCAAGGUCUAGCGAUCUGGCACACCUUAAGGACUUGACAUCAGGUUUGUGGCAUGCUGCUCUGCGGACUGCUCAAGACAGGCUUGUGAUUUGAGGGUGCUUUAGCUUUGGAGAACGUUCCAGAAGAGACCAAUCAUGAAGUAAGACUGUGUUGGAAUAGAACUCCAAAAAAGGACAGCACGCCCUUGAAUUUGCCGGGUUCUUUUUCUUUUCUUUUUUUUUUUUUUGACCAAAUGAAAUGUCUGACUUUUUUUUACCUCUUGUUUUUAUUUGUUCAGCACUUGAGGUGUGACACCCGUUCUGUUUCUGCAUGUGUGUGUGUGUGUGUGUGUGUGUGUGUGUGUGUGUGUGAGGUGCUGGGCUAUGAUAAGUGUUGUAAGCAGAGACGGGGGUCUCGGGACGCAAGGAGGGAGACAGGGGGUCCAGACAGACAGAUGGCAGCUGACAAAUGUUUUCAGACUAGCCAAUUAAAAGGCGACUACUUUGACAGUGUUGAUGUUUAUGUGUAUGUGUGUGUGGGGGGGGGGGAAUUUUUCUCCUUACACAACAAGCAUUUUGUAAAUAUGACAUGUUGAGGAUUUGUACUUCUGUGUCUAUGAUUUGUAAUAAAAAACUGAAAAAAACAAAGAUUUUCUCUGGUGUGGAUGUGUUACUUGUUGUGAUAGCUUCUAUUUUUUCCUCUCUCUCUGAUUAGAAUGUAUUUUCUCCUGCAGUGAAUGUUUGCUUCUUCCUGUGGACGCAUUGCUGAGGAGAGGCGGUGGUCCUGCCAUUGUGUUGCGAAGGGGUUCAACAUUAAAGUCUGCAGGAAAUGCAUGUUGGGACUUCUGUUUCCACCCCACGCAUGCUCAUAGCAAAGAUUCUCUCUCCAAUGGAGUCCAAUUUAGUGUCUAAAUUACACUGAUGAAUGAAUGUGGACGGUAUUGAGCUUCUUAGAAGGACAUAAUCAGCAACAGCAGGGAGACAGAAGGUCCCAACCGGCCUAAUCCGGGUCGACUAGUUUCUUUCUAGAGGAGUCGACUUGACUGUUUAUGUCUGAAUCGGCGCAACUGCAUCGUGAUGACACAAUGCAGCUCAGAUGGCCACAAAGGCUGGUCACAAUUGUAGAAGCUUGUGGCCUGUGACUAGAGAGUUGCAGGUUUGAUACCCACCCUCCUUUAAUUGGUUUCGGGGAAGAUGUCCACCUGUGCUAGUGUGUUAGUUUUCCCCCUGGUGAUAACUAUUCAUAUAUUAACUACAAAUACAAAACAUACACUAUUACUAAAUGCCAAUAGUGACAAAUGCAAUAAACAUAGCCAAAAAAAACAGGGGAAAAAGUAAAAAAAAAAAUAAAAUAAAAAACAUAAGUGACGUCUUCGAAAUAGCAAAAUUGCAAAAAACAACAAAUAGGGUUUUGCGUCAUGCACUUU